CAACAGUUUUAUUUUUGGAGUGGCCACGGGCACGGUGGCUCGCUCCCUAAGGCUUCAGUUCACUUCAGGAUGAGUGGCCCUGUGGCACUCUGAGCCGGGAUUAACAGAGCAGAGAGCAGUUUGUCCCGACAGCCGCUCGCCCAAGGCUGUCCAGCACAACACGAGCAACACCUAGUUCCACCUCAGGAGUCUGAAAAUGCUGAUGGAAGUUGGUUACACUAACGGGCUGGAGCCUGACCUUUCCCAGCAGUAUCCUCCGCCCUUACUGCCAAAACCAGGCAAAGACAACGCGAGGCUUCAGAAACUCAAGAAGAAAAGAGCCAAGAAAAAAGGCAGCCUCUCUCAGACGCCCGUCCCCUUUCGCUCCUGUUUGUCGCCUGUCAAUGAAGCAAGCACAGACCUCGAGCACAGUGACCAGUCCAGCCCACCAAAAACACCCGAUUCAGUCUAUGUUGCAGACCCAUCAGUGUCCGGUUUCCCUUUUGACUCCCUUUACAAUCACUCUGCAUCUGCAUUCCCUCAUCCUCGGAGCAACCCCCCUUCCCAAACUGGCAGCUUCCCCCCUCAGUCCAACGUAAAUCAGAUCAAGACUUCUGAUGAGCAGGUGGCUCCGCUGUAUGAGUGCUCCUCUUUUUUAUUUGAUGACGUGACUCCUUUCAUGAUGCCACCUUCGGCUUCACCACCCCCAUCAUCACCUGAGCAAGUUCCAGCACCACCUCUUCCUUUUACGAUCAAUUCAAACAUGACACCAAAUUCCCAUGGGUCAGUCACAACAAUCCCUCCAGUUGGUGUGUCUAACGCCAGCACUAAAAUAUCAACUCACAGCCUGACCCUAUCCCUAGCCGCCCCCAACUGUGGCCCAGGCCUGGCACUUUCUCAGGUUGCAGACCUACCUCCUCUUCCAGCGCUGCUAUCAGUUUCAAACACUCAGACACAACCUUUUAUUCCCAGCCAGAGGGAGACAAACGGCAGUUUAAAAGACAACCCUCAGAGCCAGACUGCAUCUUGGACUGCCAGACCUAUCAGUAAUGGCAAUUUUGUUCCAAGCCAGAUGUCCCCUGAGAUCACCGCCUCAAAAAUAUCACUUGUUGAAGCAGUGAAAGAGACAAGGCCUGACACCCUACAAAGCAGGAUUUACACAUCAAAGGCAACAUUUUAUGAAAUCUCUAAACCUCCUUCUAUCCAGGACCUCUCUGCAAUAAACCCAGCCUACCAGGAAGCAUUGUUGUCUGACAUAUACAGAAAGAAAACAGCUGUAACAGUGCUGAAAACUGAUCAGAAACUUAAUGUGUCCAAGACCCCAUGCGGAAGACCUAAGACUCCCUCUUGUACACCAGCUCGAGUAUCCACACCCUUUAUUGAAAUUUCCAAACCUAACCCACUUUUAUUUGCUGCUUUCAGCUCUUCCAAAAGUCUCCAAGAUCCUGCAGUUCCCAACGAGCCUCCAAGACACAAACCAGUGAUUCAAACUAGCGCCAUGACUAAACCUCAAGCUGCCACAGAAGAACUGAAGCAGACUGAUAAUAACCACAUUACUUCAAUCAAACAAUCCAGCAAUUACAAAGACACAGAGAUUCAAAAUACACAAAGGAGUGCAAUAAAUCUAAGCUUUGCCAAUACUGAGCUGUACCCCAUAGAGAACUUAGCAUCAAGUAUGACUUCACCUGACUCUGCUGUGGGCAAACCAACACUAAUUGAACCAGUCACCCCACAACUAAUAAAAGACCAAGUUUCUGAAAGUGAAGCUUCACCUUUGCCAAAGGUUCCAUCAUUCUCCACGGCACCAAAGACUUCAAAUCUUAACUCCACGCCAGUGAUUUCAGUGCAAGCUCGACCAAGUCCACUAAUGUCCCCUUAUCGUCCUCCAGUGGUUGAUGCAAGAAAGUCUUUGUCAUCACUACUGGAGAGUCAAAUGUCAUUAGGGACCUCAAAGCCCAAAUCACGAUCAACAUAUUAUGGGCUUACUCCAACUGAGUAUGCUGCCUACGGUGGGAUCAGGACUAUUGCAUCACAUCACAGCCCUGAACCCCCCAGGGUUAAUGAAACCUCUUCAAACAAAACACAGUCAGAUGUUGAUGUAGAUGGAUCACACAUCUCAAAGUCUGAUGCAACAAAACAACUCAAUGGAAAUCAAGAUUUUCCGUCUUCUAUGCAGGUUUCUGAGCUUCCAGCUGAACGGAUUGUCACACAUGGCAAAGAGGCAUUUGAGGAAAGUCAGUCUGAAGCUCAAAGUAUUGGAAUACAGUCACUUAAAACAUCUAGCGUGGACACAAUAAAACCUGAGCUUCCCCUUGGCUUGGCACAGAAAUCAAUUCAACAAUCUACAAGUGAUCCAUCCACACCAAAAGCCUCAUACUCUGAGGCUCCAAUACCAAUGCUUAAAGCAGGUGAGGUACCCACACAAAGAGCGGCAGUAUUUUCUAUAGACGCAGUGCUAAAUACGACUCCAUGUCUUAUUGAUAGCAAUGAUCUGUCAAGUUCUUCCUUACCCUUAGUGAAAGUAGAUUCAAAUGCAGAAACAAAGCAUAGUGGAAAAGGGAUAGAUGUUGCAGAGAAAGGUGGUAAUCUUGAGAAAACACCUACAAAAGGAGAAUCCAAAGUCAGAAACGCAAAACAACAGUCAGGACAAGUAGAGACAGCUCUGGUCCAGUCUUAUCAAACUGCUGGUGGAGUCAGUCCAUCAACAGCCAAUGGUUUCAGUGCCCCCGUCACUGCCAAACCUGUUAAAGACCUAUUUGACCAUAAAAACCUGGUUGCCACAGAGUCAGAACCCAAAUUCUCAGGGAGUGCGAUCAUAAAUGGUGCGUUCAACUUAGGAAUACAACAAACCACCAGACUGAUUUCAGAAACACCAGUGCCCAGUAAAGUAGCUACUGAAGCUGUUUUACACAAGCAAAGGGGAGAGGUGAGCCAGCAAAUAAAAGUGAGCAGGGAGGUAACUCUACCCAAUAAAACAAACCUGGGGAACAUUUUGCCUUCUGUGGCUGCAAACACAGACCGUAUCCUUGACAAAAUAAACAUUGAGCCCCAAGUCUCAAAUUUAUUUGCUAAAGAACCAGUUAUUGCUAACAUAGGAUCCAUUUUGCAACAUCAGCCUGUCACAGCAUCUGUAUGCUCUGCACAGUACGGUACCAGCACGGUAUCUGCAGCUGCCCAAAGCACAAAAAACACACAACAGCUCAGCACAGAAACUAAAAUUCACAACAAUAGUCAAACAAUAGAAAACAAUAUCCAUUUCCCUGGAGAAGGUCUCUCUUUGAGAUUCUCUCAAGCACCAAUUGUACCAAGUACGCCUACUGUUAAUACUAACUUAGUGGGUACUACCAUAGACACCAAACUACCUGACCUUUCUGUCAAAGCUACCAAAUCACCCAACAUUUCAGGCAUCAGAUCCCCUUCAAUUAUGACCUCCAAUGUGCCCACAAAAGAGCCCCCAAAGCUAACCGACCCUAGUGAAAAUAUACCUUUCAACACACAGAGUAGCAUAUUAUCCAGUAGCCAAGAUAAAAUUGUUCAAAAAGCAAGCUUCCACACAAAGUCAAGCAGAACUAUAGUAGAGGCCAUACGGACACGUGGAACCAGUCUCACCCCUGCUGCAGACGCAAUACUGUCCACUCAAGUUAAUACAGGACCUAAACUCCCCACUAAUUAUGACAUUAACAGAGUCAGUGACUCAACAGUAAACACAAAAUUGUAUCCACAAGCCACCAAUGGAAUAAUAGGUUUAUUGACUGGGAAAACACCAACAGAGCAUCUUCCCAGUUUACCCGUUAAAACAGAAAACAUUCAAACAAAAGGUGAGACUGAAAUGAGACCAGCUUCCAAUCUUUCACAAGGAAACACAGUACUGAACACCCCAAGCAGUGACACCAAACUGUCCAACAAACCACCCGCAGGAUUGCUACCAGUCAGCAAGUCUUCGACAGACUUGGUUCCAACUGGACAACCAGGAGGUAUAGAGCCUAUUCAGCGCAGCAGACCUGUUGUAGGAAGUGCUCAGGCUAAAAAAUCCAGUUUGGGCAGCAAUGUUAACAAUAUUCCUACCAUUGAAACCAAAGUCCCUAACGAGCUUCAUACAGAAGCUAUUUUGCCUAUUAUUACUGACCCAGCAGCAAGUGCUAAAUCACCUUUUAGUCGAACUGCAACAAAGCCAGGCAUCAAUGCAGCACCUGUUUCUGGCUCUGUUGCUGAAACAAGAAUCUACACAAACUCAAAAGCAGAUGGUAAACAGAUUGCCGGCCUUCUUGCAGAGCAAAGAUCACCUGAGACAUCUGCACCAGUUAAUACUAAAACCACUGUAAAAGAACAGUCCCCUUACAUCCAGCCAACUCAAGUCAAUAAAUCUUUAGCAAGUCCUCCGACAAAAACUAAAAAUGCUUUAAUAUCUAAGACUGAACCAUCACCUUCCUCUUCCUCUGGUUAUGUAGUGGCUAACAUAUCUAGUAUAAGUGUAGAAAAGCACACAGUUGCAAGUCAAAUCAGGUCUGGAGAUAAUAUUCAAACCUCUGUGAGCUCUCAGACUGGAGAGAAACAGUUUAGACAAUCUGUCAUGGAAACCAAGAAAUCUACUGAAACUAUUGUAAAUACACAAACCGUCUCACACAUUGAUAACUAUGCUACUACAAAUAUUCACCCCCUUGCUGAAGCUACCAGAGAUGCAAAAGCAACCUUCAGCCCUUCUAGAGUAACUAAACCUUGGAGCACAACAAGAGCCUCCCCUCUACCGGAGCCAAGAGUGUGUAACACACCUAUUUCAGCCUAUACUCCAACUUUGCCCCAAUCCUAUCAAACUCCCGUCUCUUUAAACCAUACUACAGAAACAAAACCAUUGCCAGUCAUUAUGAAAGACCAGAUAAACCCUCCCAUUAUACCUCUACGAAAUAAUACACCUAUUGGUACUGUUCAGCCCUCUGCUAAGUCAAUCACAGAGACAAUUUCAAAACCAGACAUUAAACCACCCACAACGAAGGAGGCUUCAGUCCUGACUAACAGUGCUGAGGUAAAAGAACAUUCCCAAAUGAACAAUAUAAACACAACCCAAGCAACAAAUGUCAGUAAGGAAGGGAAACUCUCCUCACUGAACACUGGAACUAGCACUCCCAUCCAAUCUACCGAUCCUAUUUUAGCUAGUAAACCCACUCUAAAGGUUCAACCUCCUACUAAGCAGGUAAAAUCAAGACCUUCCUCUGCUACUUUAGAAAGGAAACCCUCAGUUGUAAAAACAGAUUCGUCAAAGUCUCCCCCCGAUCUGGUCCAGAGUAGCUCGCACACCGGUAAUGUUCAGCCUCCCACAGCGCUACCAGUAGAGAACAUAUCCCCUGCAAAGCCAGCAACAGAUACUGUCAUGAAACCGUCCAUAGUUAAAGCCGCUUUGAUUGACUCUGCCACUCCUGCCUCUCUGCCUCAGGCCUCAGUCUCAGUCAAAGCUCCAUCCCCAAACAGAGGAACGUCACCGCCAUCUCAGCAAAACGCUGGACUCAAAGACAAGGACGUUCUGAGGACCAAAACUACAGCUGCAUUGACGGAAGCCCCAGCAGUCGAACCCUCCACGAAGUCAGCGACAUCAACUGCAUCUUCAACUGCUGACAAGAGGACCGUUACAGCAGAUACAUCCCCUUCACCCAUUGAGCCCAAAGCAGCCCAGAAGCCAAAAGGCCUUAAGGGUAAGCUCAGCGGAUGGACACGGCUCAAGAAGCACAUGGUCGUUGAGCCAGAGGAACCCCAGUUUCCAGAACCAGAGGCCAAAUCUCAGGUUGACUCCAGUGGCAGUAACAAGGAGACAGAUCAAGGUGGUGAUGAUAAGUCGGCAGCAGAACAAAGCGCCAAUCAGGAGGUGGUUAACAACAAUGAAGCUCCCAAGGCACUGAAGAUGUGGGACGCCCUCCUCUUUCAAAUGUUCUCUACCAAAGAGAAAAUCAUGCAACAGAUCAAUGCCAGCAAGAAAGAUUCAGACAAGAAAAAGGAACCUAAAGACAACCAAGCAGAAGUUCCUUCUUUCGUCAAUCGCCUGCCGAUUUUGUUGUACAGCCCUCGCUUUGAUGCCAGGAAGCUUAAAGAGGCAGCAGAGAAGCCGCUCUCGAAAAUAGCAGCAGUGUUUGAAAAAGGGCUGAUAAAACGCAGAUCCCAAGACGAAGAACGUAAGGACUUUAACAGGAAAGCAAGAGGAUUUGGUUCAAGGAAACCAACAGAUACAGAUGCGGAUACUUGAACUGAUGCGAAAGUGUUUGAGACUGAUAAAUGAUAAGUGAAAGUAGAAAGAUGAUCUCAGAUAGGUGGGGGAGCCUUAGCGAAGGAAUCAUAAGAAGAAACUUGAGAGAGAAUAGACAUAAAACCAUUUGCACAAUUACUUAAUUUAAUAAUUAAAUCAAUUCUAUAAAUUAAGGGGAAUUAUUCUUAAAUGGGAAAAAUGAUUAAAAGUGUAAUGGAUUCCUGCUCAGUCAUCAUCUACUUGAGCAAAUACUGGAGCUAGAACUUAAACUGGGAGAGUAAAGUUUCACAAAAACGAAAUUCAUCCCCAUGUCAAAUUAACAUAUAUAUUUCUGAUGUUUUCAUCAGUUCUGGUUAUUUAGUAUGUAUAGGUUGGUCAAUACGUUUAUAGCUUUUAAAGGUAAAAAUCAGUAACACAGGAGUAAUACAGGUGUGGUAUCUUUGCACUUUUAAUAAAUCAAAUAAAGCUGUGACUUGAGAAAAAUAUGAUUUAAAGAAAAAAAAAUCAUAUACUACGCAACAAUAGUUGAUUAGAUUUUUUUAAUUUGAUGAUGACCUAGUUGUAGUGUUGAAUGCAUGCACUGUAGAUAUACUUUGAUAGAGAAAAGGUUGUUUCAUUUGUCACGCUCUAUCUUUUUCUAUUUUUCUAAAUAAUGUAAGGCUUUUAGUGCACACCGCUGGUAGGCAGUUUGUAAUCACUGUAAUAAAUAGGGCUUUUACAUUCCUGGAACAACAGGGCAGAUGGAUUUUGAAAGAAGGGAAACAAAGACAGAUGAAGCAUGAAGGUCCAGUCAGAACAGAUUUAGGUUUCUGCAAGUCAAGUACUGAUGGAAAUGAAGAGAUGGAUGUCUGGGCUUUCGAUCAGGGCAAGAAACUACAACCACAAAGGCUGGUAGAUCUUGGGGCUGGGCAAUAUGGAAAAAUUAUAUUAAACACUUUUGUCUUGACUGGAAUAUUUCAACAACUAUUCAAUGGAUUGCCAAUAUCCUUAUGCCACCAUCAGGACAAAGUUAUUUUUUUAAGCCAUUGAGCUUUUUAGCAGAAACAGUUCAUAAUUGUUUGUGUUACUGUGCAUGGUAAAUAUUUGUUCUCUCAGCAUCAGGUUGUGUUGUUAAUGUGAUAGCUGGCUAACUAACAUCUUGAAUCCCUCCUGUCGAUCGUCUGGUUUCCCUUUUUUAAUAAUACAGGCUAUUGCUGCCUGCUGGUGUGGGGAGUUAUUUCUUCUCACACAGGCACAGAACGUUCAUGCUAGCUGGCUGUUGUUUGUAGUCUUUAUGGUGUGUUCAGGUGCAACUCUUUGGCCCUCAUCUGCACUAGUUCUCUGAUGUUGGUUUGGUGUGUCCAGGCCUUGAGAUGGUGACCAUGGUAAACUUCAUACCUGCUAAACAGCAUGUUAGCAUUGUCACAGUGAGAAUGCUGAUGUUAGCAUGUAGCUAAAAGCAUAGUUGUUCCUCAGCACUGCCUCACAGAGCUGUUAGCAUGGCUUUAAGCUCUAAGCCUAGUUUCCAUUAGACUACACAUGAAUGCGACUGAAUUCUCUAGUGUUUCAAAAAAUUACUUUGGGAGACGAUAUUGUUUUGUGGUAUCAUGAGACCACCCCAUCAUACAUUGCCCAGCCGUAAUACAACCCAAGAUUAAAUUCCUGUUUCACCAUAUCACCAGUGUUGUGUGGAAACUGUUUUUCAGUUUCAGUGAAAUACAUAAAGUUGUGUGUAUAUAUGUACUGUAUGAGGCUGUUCCUCAGUUAUAAAAAGUUGGAGAUCUAUGGUUUCCAUCCAACACAGAUGAUACGAUGAAAAUAUUUCCAGCCAGUGUAUCAGGUUAACCUAGUGACUCUGUUGGUGGAUUGUUAUUUCCUGCCUUGUGAUGAAUUGUCCAGGACUUAGAUAGCAUUAGUACUGAGUUAAAACUGUGUCUAGGAUGUAAAAUAGGAUAUCAAUAAUUGAUAAAGAUGAUGAUGAUGAUGAUGAUGAUGAUGAUGACGACGACGAUGAGGCCUGCUGUAGGAAGACAGACUAACUGAAAACUGAGUGAUAGCUGGAAGGGGGACAGAUAUUAGAUGAAAGGUGUGAUGUUUCACAGCUUUGGAGGAUUUUGGUGCUGCAGUAGCAGAUAUUAGCAUGUUGUUGUUGUUAUUUUGACGCUUUUUAUCUCUGUAGAGUUUUUAAAAUUGUUGUUUUCCACAAGGUGACCAGCAUGAUGUGGAAUUUCUUUUCGGCGAGGGGGACUUUGUCCCUGUGAGCUGACCACAGCCCCGUUUAUUACACUGAUUGUUAAGCUAAAACAUGUUUUUGUUUAUUGUGUGAUUCUGAAAAGGCAUAAAGUUGAUUGAGAAAAUCUUGUCUUGUACUUC